AUGGCUGCACCCACAGCAUAUGGAAGUUCCCGGGCCAGGGAUUGAAUCCAAGCCACAGCUGUGGCAAUGCCCGAUACUUUAACCCACUGCACCAGGCUGGGGAGCCAACCCUCACCUCUGCAGUGACCCGAAUUUCUGUAGUCAGAUUCUUACCCCAUUACACCAGGGCGGGGACGCCAGUGACAACAUUUUUAAUUGCUCUAUUCAUAGGUUCAGAUUUGACUAAUUUGUAAUAACUGCAUAAUAUCCUAAAUAUUGUAGCUAUGGAAAAAUUUGUUUGGACAUUCCUAAGGGUUGUUUGUAGGCCCCCAUCCUCUACCAUAGAUGCUGUUUAGUUCAGCAUCUUUCUAUGUGAUCCUUAAGAUUCCUUGCUUUAUUUCCAAUUAGUUUCCCCAAAGUGGCAUUGCUCAGUCAGAGCAUAUGUUAAUUACAGUGCAGAAGGGUUUGGGGUUACAAAAGUUGUGUGAAACAGUUGGUUCUUGCCCUCUUACAAUCUCUGGGAAGAACAGAUAUGCAUUUAUUUUCCCAGGGGUGGAUUUCUUUCUUUCCCUCCCUUCCUCCCUCUCUUCUCUCCUUCCUCCCACGGUCCCUUCCUUCCUUUCUUUUUUGCAUAGGUACAAAGAUCUUAGUAAAUGGUGUUUAUUUCCAGGGGCAUUUGAAAUCUUUAACAUCUUGAAACAUGUAUAAAUCAAGAGGGCAAAGGGAGCCUCUUAAAUGAGGUUUACUCUGUGUAGUCUUUGCUGCUUUUAUUAGACAUGAAUUUGUUAGAAAUGGUGCAUGUGUAAGCUUUUCAAUUUCUAAGUGCUUAGAGUCCCACUUAAGAGCUGAAGCACUUAAAAUUUGCCUUCCUAGCCCUUCCCGGGCUCACACCCCACAGGGCACAGAUGACCCCCAUACAGGGGGAGAACCAGCCCCACAGCCAGCGUCUUGUUUAGAGAGGCCCAGACUUGCUCCCCAAGAUGCAGGCAGCUGAGCACAUCUUCAGGUUUGAGGUCACCAAUGGUAACAGGAAUACUAGUAUGUGAACAAAUUGUAGACAGAUGCCCUUUCUUUGUAAUGUCACUGAGAGCUACUUUGUACAAUGUAUGUUUUACCAAGUACCCACUUAGUAGCCACUUUGUGUGUGUGUAUAAGAUCUACGUCUACCAGGCAAAGGACAAAGAAAAGAAAGGAUAGUUCAGAUGGGUUUGCCAUCCCGUGGGCAUGUGUGUAUGUCGUCUUCCUGUAUGAAGGGACGUGCGUGUCACAUGACCGUCUUGUUUCGAGGCUUUGUUUUCUGCCAUUGGUAAUUAACACUUGGUUACAUCAGUUGGGAUUAUGCAACUCUUUCACAGCUGACACUAGUUCAUACCUGUUUUCAUUCUUCCUUCCCCCUGAUUCAGCAUCUUGGCUCCGGAGAAGUGAUUGCAUUAUAACACUUCAGAACCCGCUUGGCUGUAUUCCUGACUCACCGGAGUGGUCACAUAUCUGAAACCCGCUGGGCACCCUGUCAGUGGACCUGUAGCUGCUUGUUCUGCAUUCAUGUUCUGUCUCCUCAUGGUGAAUAGCCUUAACCUUAAACAUCCUAUAACGACUGGCUUGUUGGAGAGGAGUGUUUCCCCUUGCGGGAGUCCGCAGGCAGCCUGGGUUGCCUUGGGUUCCUGCAGUACUCAGUGAAAUAGCAACAGCAGUAAGGGCUGUGAGAGCAGACAAAUUCGUAGUGCCACCCAUGCGCUCUGUGUAGUUCUCACCUCUCUCUAAUUCCUCCACCAACUCUGUGUGGAGGCUCUUAGCAUCCCCGUAUUACACAUGCAGACAGUGAGGCAGCUCUGAGCCGUGGCGAUACAGCUUAUACGCGGCUGAGGGAUGGAAAUGACUUCACAUCGGGUGAGGCUCACUGGUGGGGCUGGAGAAAACCAGGGAACGAGGCGAUGACCCAGGGAUGCUGGGCACUGGGCGGGCAGAUCAGGGGGAGCGACUUGGCAGCGAUGCUUGGCCGCUGCUCUUGUUUGGAGAGGAAGUGACGCAGCUGAGUGCUCCCAUCCGAAAGCCCUGGACGGGUGAGGGAAGUCGAGGGAACUCAGGGCAGGAAGGAAGCGGGGGAGAGGGAGGUGUGGAAACUUGGCUGAGGGCGGUCUCCUGCAGCAGCAGCCUGUCACAGAGAGCCCCUCUCUUCACCAGCUUUGUCCCUUUAGGGCGCACAUCCCAGAGGAGGGUGAAGCAGGUUAAAGGUGUGUUUACCGUCAGCCAGUUUCUUUUGUUUUGACAAGUGAGUCAUAUGACCAGGCUGGAAAACCUCUUCUCCUGUUGGUGUGAUCCUUUCUGAGAGUGGUUUUUGAAGAGGUUGUACUCGACCUGCCGGCAUUACCCUACUGGGCGGCACAGCCCGCAGCCCAGGACUUGUAGAAGGAAAGCCGUCUAGGCAUCUCCCCUCUGGCCCCUGGCUGUGAUUCGCUCUGACGUUCCAGGACACACACCACCCUGGGUGUAGACACUUGACAGCAGCAAGAACUGGAAUUGAGCAUGGCUGAUUUUACGGUCUCUCAGAGAAGGGCGGAGUCUCUUAGGACAAAGCAUUGCUGGCAUGAAUCGACAGAGAAAGCUCAUUUGAGAACGACCCUCCGGAGCGCCACGCCGGGCAUGGACGCCUUCUGCACCCGGAGGAGCACAGGUGGUAGUGUCGUCGCCCCAUCACGAAGCUGCUGAGGCCAUCGCAGGGGCGUGGGUGCCAGGACAGGAGGGCAGCGCCCCAGGGCCACAGAGCCAUGCCUUUCGGCCUGAAGCUGCGCCGGACUCGGCGCUACAAUGUCCUGAGCAAGAACUGCUUUGUCACCCGCAUCCGCCUGCUGGACAGCAAUGUCAUCGAGUGCACGCUGUCGGUGGAGAGCACAGGGCAGGAGUGUCUGGAGGCGGUGGCCCAGAGGCUGGAGUUGCGGGAGACGCACUACUUCGGCCUUUGGUUUCUCAGCAAGAGCCAGCAAGCACGAUGGGUGGAGCUGGAGAAGCCUCUGAAGAAGCAUCUGGACAAAUUUGCUAAUGAGCCUCUGCUUUUCUUUGGAGUCAUGUUCUAUGUGCCAAAUGUGUCAUGGCUUCAGCAAGAGGCCACGAGAUAUCAGUAUUACCUGCAAGUCAAAAAAGAUGUGCUCGAAGGGCGGUUGCGGUGUACGCUGGAGCAGGUGAUCCGGCUGGCGGGCUUAGCUGUGCAAGCUGAUUUUGGAGACUAUAAUCAGUUUGAUUCUCAAGAUUUCCUCCGAGAAUAUGUGCUGUUUCCUAUGGAUUUGGCCCUGGAAGAAGCUGUCCUGGAGGAGCUGACACAGAAGGUGGCCCAGGAGCAUAAAGCCCACAGUGGAAUCCUGCCAGCAGAAGCUGAGCUUAUGUACAUCAACGAAGUGGAACGUUUGGAUGGAUUUGGACAGGAAGUCUUCCCUGUGAAGGACAGUCAUGGAAACAGCGUGCACCUGGGCAUUUUCUUCAUGGGGAUUUUCGUGAGAAACAGAAUCGGAAGACAAGCCGUCAUAUACAGGUGGAAUGACAUGGGGAACGUCACCCACAGCAAGUCGACCAUUCUGGUGGAGCUCAUCAGCAAAGACGAGACUGCCCUCUUUCACACAGAUGAUAUCGAAAAUGCCAAGUACAUAUCACGAUUGUUUGCUACGCGGCACAAGUUUUACAAACAAAACAAAAUCUGCACUGAACAAUCAAAUUCUCCACCCCCUAUCAGACGCCAGCCCACCUGGAGCCGGUCCUCCCUGCCCCGGCAGCAGCCGUACAUCUUGCCUCUGCACGUCCAGUGUGGCGAACACUACUCGGAAACGCACACCUCGCAAGACAGCAUCUUCCAUGGGAAUGAAGAAGCCCUGUAUUGCAACUCGCACAACAGCCUGGACUUAAAUUAUCUGAAUGGCACUGUCACCAAUGGCAGUGUGUGUAGCGUCCACAGCGUCAACUCCCUCAGCUGCUCCCAGAGCUUCAUCCAGGCUUCUCCUGUGUCCUCCAGCCUCAGCAUCCCUGGGAGUGACAUCAUGCGGGCCGACUACAUCCCGAGCCACCGGCACAGCGCCAUCAUCGUGCCGUCCUACCGGCCGACCCCCGACUAUGAGACAGUCAUGCGGCAGAUGAAGAGGGGCAUGGUGCACACGGACAGCCAGAGCCAGUCCCUGCGAAACCUCAACAUCAUCAACACCCAUGCCUACAACCAGCCGGAGGAUCUGGUGUACAGCCAGCCCGAGAUGCGGGAGAGGCACCCCUACACUGUCCCUUACGGGCCCCCAGGGGGCUAUGGGAACAAACUGGUCAGUCCCUCGGACCAGAUCAGCCCAAAGAGCACCACGGUGCCAAGCAAGCCGGGGGCAAGUGCCAUCUCACACACGGUGAGCACCCCCGAGUUGGCCAACAUGCAGCUGCAGGGCCCCCAGAACUACAGCACGGCCCAUAUGCUCAAAAACUAUCUCUUCCGGCCGCCACCCCCCUAUCCACGGCCCCGCCCUGCCACCAGCACCCCAGACCUCGCCAGCCACCGCCAUAAGUACGUCAGUGGCAGCAGCCCCGACCUGGUGACUCGCAAAGUGCAGCUGUCGGUGAAGACCUUCCAGGAAGACAGCUCCCCGGUGGUGCACCAGUCUCUCCAGGAGGUGAGCGAGCCCCUCACGGCCUCCAAGCACCACGGCACGGUGCACAAGCGCCACAGCCUGGAGGUGAUGAGCAGCAUGGUGCGGGGCAUGGAGGCCAUGACCUUGAAGUCGCUCAACAUCCCCAUGGCCCGGCGCAACACGCUCCGCGAGCCAGGGCCGCCCGCGGAGGUCCCCGCGAGCCACGAGGUCCCCCAGCUGCCCCCGUAUCACCACAAGAAGACUUUCUCAGAUGCCACGAUGCUGAUCCACAGCAGCGAGAGCGAGGAGGAGGAGGAGGAGGCUCCGGAAUCGGUGCCCCAGAUCCCCGGGCUCCGGGAGAAGAUGGAGUACAGCGCCCAGCUCCAGGCCGCCUUAGCCCGGAUUCCAAACAAGCCCCCACCCGAGUACCCCGGGCCCAGGAAAAGCGUGAGCAACGGGGCGCUCCGGCAAGACCAGGGGUGCCUUCCUCCUGCCAUCGCCAGAGCCAGGGUCCUGAGGCACGGGCCAGCCACGGCCAUCAGUGUCUCCCGGGCCGACCAGCUGGCCGUCAACGGGGCCUCACUCGGCCCAUCCCUCUCAGAGCCUGACCUGACGAGCGUGAAGGAGCGGGCCAAGAAGGAGCCCGUGAAGGAGAGGCCCGUGUCGGAGAUGUUCUCCCUGGAGGACAGCAUCAUAGAGAGAGAGAUGAUGAUUCGGAAUCUAGAGAAGCAGAAGAUGGCAGGCCUGGAGGCGCAGAAGAGGCCACUGAUGUUGGCAGCGUUGAACGGACUCUCAGUUGCUCGGGGCUCGGGGAGGGAAGAGAGCCGCGUUGAUGCCGCUCGCGUUCCCAUGGACGAGAGGUUCAGAACCCUGAAGAAGAAGCUGGACGAGGGGAUGGUGUUCACAGAGUACGAGCAAAUUCCCAAGAAAAAGGCCAACGGCGUUUUCAGCACCGCGGCUCUACCGGAAAACGCGGAGCGCAGCCGAAUCCGCGAGGUCGUCCCCUACGAGGAGAACCGCGUGGAACUAAUACCAACCAAAGAGAACAGCACAGGCUACAUCAACGCCUCCCACAUCAAGGUGGUGGUUGGUGGGGCAGAAUGGCACUACAUCGCCACUCAGGGGCCCCUGCCACACACAUGCCAUGACUUCUGGCAGAUGGUGUGGGAACAGGGAGCCAACGUGAUCGCCAUGGUCACCGCGGAGGAGGAAGGCGGACGAACCAAGAGCCACCGAUACUGGCCCAAGCUGGGUUCCAAGCACAGCUCAGCCACCUAUGGCAAGUUCAAGGUCACCACAAAGUUCCGAACAGAUUCUGGUUGCUAUGCAACCACAGGCUUGAAGGUCAAGCACCUCUUGUCCGGGCAGGAGAGGACGGUGUGGCAUUUGCAAUACACUGACUGGCCAGAUCACGGCUGCCCAGAGGAUGUCCAAGGAUUUUUGUCCUACUUGGAGGAGAUCCAGUCGGUCCGUCGCCAUACCAACAGCAUGCUGGAAGGCACCAAGAACCGGCACCCCCCCAUCGUGGUGCACUGCAGUGCCGGGGUGGGAAGGACGGGCGUGGUCAUCCUUUCUGAACUCAUGAUCUACUGCCUGGAGCAUAAUGAAAAGGUGGACGUCCCCAUGAUGCUGAGGCUCCUCAGGGAGCAAAGAAUGUUCAUGAUCCAGACCAUCGCUCAGUACAAGUUUGUCUACCAGGUCCUCAUCCAGUUCCUCCAGAACUCCAGACUCAUUUAACCGCCCCCUUCAGCUCCUGGAAGAGGGACCCAGCUCCGUCCUGCGGAUGGGGACACACCUCCAGACAACAUCUGCUCCCCCAAGCCGGGUGCAGAUGGCCGGAGCAGGCAAGCCACUGGCUCCCUGAAGACGGGAGCCAGGAUCAUUCACCAACAUCAUGUAUUAUUUUAUAUGCGAUAAUUUAUUUCCCACCCCCCCCCCCGGGAGUAACUUUUGUGAAUCAUGGUAAUGCAGUUUUCACAAGAAUAUAGUACUUCUCAUUUGAACCACAUCUUGACUGAUCUGCAGUGUAAUAGGUCAGUAGGCAGGAUGCCUGGUGGAUCCUGUCAGGGACAGAGGCCUGAGGGAACACAUCUCUAGUGAAGGGGCAGCCAGAUUGGUAGCCAGCCGUGAAAUUCAUCAGCCUGAAUUGCUCAUGUCCAAAUCAAAGAUGGCAAGAAAGUGAAUUUGUCCUCAGAUAGAAAGGUAGGGGCGAAGACCCUUUGCUAGAAGAUAAGACGCUCUUCUCUUAUAAAUGGGGGCUCCUGAGGCUUGAUGGACAGCUCUCCCUUCUUCCUCUGUGCCCUCUCCCUUAGGCGUCUCCUUUCUCCUCCCAAGCUUGAGUGGGGACAGGAGCAGCCAGGGGACAUGCUCCCUGUGUGAUGCAGGGACUGCCAUGACCCAGGCUGAAUGAGGCCCCCAUGUUGGCUCUUUGUCAAGCCCUCCUUAUUCUGGGCUCCGGAGCCUGUUUCCCUGCUGGGGGCUGCUCCCUUCGUGUGUGCUGCUUGUCCCCGAGUCUGGGGGCCUUUGGGGCCCUGGGCCAGGCCGUCUGUGCAGCUGGGCCUCUUGCCUGAUUGAGAGAAGACAGUGUAUCAGUGCGGGAGGGAAAAAGAGGCAGGCAGGCCCUUGAUACUGUUGCUUAUUGAAACGGACGUGCGUGUUGCUGAGGGUCUGAGGGCCGAGGUGCUGGGGGCUUUCUGUCCUUCCCUCCAUCACUAAGGCAUGGCAGAGGUUCUAAAGCGAUGCAGCUGGGAAAGCUGAGGCCCGGGCGCUCUUUGGCACUCAGGUAGCAGGAGCCACACCGACCCGAUUCCUCUUGUGCGCCAGCAUCCCCAGCGUUGGGUCUGCAGGAGCAGAGCUAAGCCCACUCAGGACCCCGUGGUCCGAGUCUUGGCCCACUUGCUGAAAGAUGGUGGGAUUUAUCUCGCAUGAAGGCUUUGCAGGUUUCCUUGCCUCCGCACAAGCCGCUCGGGUGAGUGGUGGUGUGGCUCCUGCCCUCCGGGGGAAGAAGUGCGGUUCUCGGUGUUGCUUUCUGCGCCCUCAUCCAUCACUGGUCCUCCUGAAUUCUGUAGCUUAGUACACGAUACAUCAUGUUCUGCAUGUUCUCCCUCUUGCUGAACUUUGGGGCAUUUUUCUCCCCACUCCUGGUUUUUUCUGGAUGCCACUUUUUGUGGCUUUGUUCUUAGACGCGGCCUUGGCGGCUGUUUCAUGAUGCCUUUCUCCACUGCUGCCUUUCUUUUUUUUUUCUUUCUGAGCUGUCAAUGCAAAGAAAGAAUGGCAUCCAAGCAGCCAAAAAGAGUGUGCCUUCGUGACUUGCACGCACCACAUACCGACAGGCGGGCGUGGAAGCAGAUUCCCCAGGAACUACUUUGGAAGUUGAAUCUCUGUGGUUGCACACCUGGCCAGGUGUUAACGGUGGCUGUGGCCUGUAUUGGACUCAAAAGAAUCCAGCGAUGGGGAGGCCUCUUCCCGUCUACUCCAGGGUCUAAAGAACCCAUCAAGGAGAACUUCAACGGAGCUGCAGAGAUUCUGGAAUUUUGGUGUAUUAUCUGAGAAAGAAAACCAUGCGUAUGACAUGUAUUUUCAAUGGCUCAGAUCUCAUAACCCUCACUCUAAAGAUGCUCAGAACUCUGGACCACCAACAGGCAAAGAGGUAUUUGUUUUCUUUUCACUAGAGACUUUCCAUCCGGGACCGUUCUGCUGUUAGGGAUAUUUUAACAGUUGGUCUCUGCAGUUACUGGUUUAUUGUGUGAUGAGCAACGUCAGUAUUUCUCUUUUGUCUCUCAGGCCGAAGCGUGGGCACUGUUCAAAUGUCUCGUGUGGGCAGAGUGUAGAUUAGCUUUCUCUUUGAGCUCAUCACUCAAGCCCUCCUUUCAACUCAUCCACCAGUUGCCACUUGGUGCUAUGGGAAUAUUCCUGAAUGCACAGAAUGCAGAGAAGAAGCAGGUUCAAUAUCCAAUUUCCCAGCCAAAGUUUAUAUUGAAGCUCAAAGGAAAACAUUUAAAAGUUAUUCCACCCAUUUUGCUUUUAAAAACAAGUGCUUUUGGUCCUUCAGCCCACUUUGCAUUCCUUUUCACAGCUCCAGUAAAUGCCAGCAUAUCUCCUGGUAAAUUAGCAGCAGCCAUUUAAAGUCCUUUCAGUGGCAUCUGCAUAAUAAUUGCCCAGAGAUGCUUUAUAUCUGGGAAGCAAGCCAAGGAAUAAACCUUGAAGCAAAGUGUAUUAAAUUAGUUAUCUAGUUAGAGCUUUUGGAAUGAGUUCCUGAUGCUGUAUCAAGGCUGAAGCUGGAGCUGUCAGGGUCUGUUGCUGCAGUUUGGAUGUGAGGGGAGAAAAUCAAAAAUGGAGCAGGGGUUUGGGGCGGGGGGCGGGUGGGGAAGAUACCAUGUCACAACAAAGCCAUCCAGCACUUUCAGGCCUCUGGUGUUGAAGCUUUCCAGUUGAACUGUUUUGUUUCUUUCGUCCAGGCUCAUUUGGAUGUAUUGACCCAGCGUUCAGCCUUGUUUACACUGUGGUCCCUGGACCCGGGAGGGGUGGGCGGGGAGGUGGGGGCUGGGUUUGAUGUCUUCAUCCUUGAGCGGAGCUGAUAAAGCCGAACCCUGUCCUUCGGAGCCUUAUGGAUGCCUUGGGCUCCAAGGCGACACCUCUUCUGAGUCGCAUCUACAUUUAUGCACCACUUUUUCCCUGGAAAGGAAGUAAAGGAGGAUUUGGCAGCACUAGGGAGGGAUGUGAAACCCUGAUUUCUCGGCUGGAGAGGGGAGUGAGUGUGUCUCCCCUCUACUGGAGGGAACGGCCAGGGUUGGGGAAGGUGGAAAACACCUCCACCUGGAAUAUUCUGAGUAUUGCAUUUCCAAGAACCCUGCAUCGAGAGAAUUUUACUUUUUACGUCUGCAGCGUUUGUGAGUGUAAUCAGGCAUCAUUUGCCUCCGCGUCCCUUGGCCCUCUGGCCGCUUCCUCGGUGGGCUCUGCCGGGGGAGGGCCUGCCCGCUGGCUUGCCCGGUGCUCACUUAACCUUCAUCCUGCCUACGUAGCUCUUGCAGUUCACUUAUGAACACCGGCGGGUCCAGUAAGUCAGCGUGUUUAUCCUGCUGCCUAUCUUUCUUAUCUCUCCCAGCUUGAAAAGGGCUGACCCGUGUGACGUUUUUCAGUAUUUGGACCAUAUUUUAUUGACAAUGGUGGAGCAUUCACUUGGAUCAACCUAACAUGCCCAGUUUUUCUCCCCCCGCCCACCAUCGCCCCCCGCCCGCAUCAGUAUGGCUCCCGCCGCACCCUGUGUCAUCUCUCCCAGCAGGUGCUAAUGCACACGAACACGGGCGUGUUCAGUGGGCAGCGUGGCUCUGUUUGUGAGCGGCCCCUCACCUCGCUUGGUGAGCGGGCUGUCUCCUGGGCUUGGAGUCACUCUUUGCCGACAUGUGAGUACACUUGAGAUUCUAACAGGCAGGGUGGUCAUUGGCACAUCGCUGUGGGGUCUUUCAGCUGCUGUCCUUUCUCUUUUUUUUCAGUUUGUUUUUUUUGUGGGGGCGCGGGGCUGCGCCUUUUCCCAGGCUAGGGAUUGAACCUAUGCUGCAGCAGUGAUGCCAGGUCCUUAACCACGAGGCCACCGGGGAACUCCAGCUGCCAUCCUUUCCCAGUGCUCAGUGUGUAUGAGCUGGCCUCUGCCCCAGGGGUAAUGGAACAUGAUCUGUGGGCCCAAAGGCAUCUGAGUCGCCAAGCAGAGUGUGCUUUUGAAUUCUCCUCCCUGCUCCCGUGUAGGGUGUGAGGGAGAAGGCAGUGCGGUUAUUGGUUUUCCCUGGGGGGAGAAGUCAGCGGGUAGGCAAAUGCAGAGACCUUCCCAGAGGCGUGCCAGGGCGCUUAGACUCAAGGGGUGGGGACCAGGUCAGAGCCAUAUCAGUGUUCAUCUACCCUUCACUCCUCCUCUGUGUUGGGAGAAACUGUCAGGGUCCUAGAGUUAGAAACUUCUAGAAGCACCAAUUCCAGUUGGGCUCUUCAGGUGGCUCUUUGUGGGAGUUCGGUUUCCUCUUGUUUUACCAAAGAUUCUUCUGCAACUAUGUUUAGUUUUAUUGCCUGUGGACUUUAUCAGACACUCUUAAUGAUUUCUUUUUUGUGUGUGAGCAAAGUAACAACACAUCUAGCACUGCUUCCAAAUGGAGAUAUUUGGGGUUUUCCUGGAGACUGUAUAGAUUUUCCACUGGUCUACAGCUUUAUGCGUGACAACCGGUUGGCUCUCUGGGGAUGAAAUAAUCCUAGUUGGUCCCUUAGGGUGGAAGUCUCUAGGAUGGUAAAUUAUGUUUGACACAUCCCCUGAACUCAGAGCAUGAAGCAGAAUGAUUCUUGUCUUUGCCGUGCCUUCUAAGACAUUUGGUGGCAAAAGACCUCACAGAUGCACCUGUUGAAAGUGACAGCAAUAUGCCUGAGAAAAAGGUGCAGAUGUCAUCAGUCAAAUUUCUGCCAACUAGGAGUUGCCACUGUGGCUCAGUGGGUUAAGAACCCAACUUGACGUCCGUGAGGAUGCGGGUCCGAUCCCUGGCCUCACUCAGUGGGUUAAGGAUCCAGUGUUGCGGAAAGCCGCAGCAUCGGUCUGCGGCUGCACCUCCAGUUCAGCCCAUAGCCCAGGAACUUCCAUAUGCUGCAGGUGUAGCCGUAAAACAGAAAAAAAGAAAAUUCUGCAAACUCACAUGUGUUGCCCUGACAAUCGUAGUUCUUCAGGGGGACCUGGGAAACUCCAUGGCAUGCUUCCUCAAUACUCCACCUUUAUCCUGCCUGCUCUCAGCUUUUGCAUUUCCUUUAGAAACUCAGACGGCCGAGCAUUCUUUUUUUUAUUCAGCUCACUACCUUACUUAUCGUUUCCAGCUUAAUCCAGCUGCACGGCUGAACUAAAAAGUUCUCUAUGAAAAUGUCCAUGAGCCUGGCGCUGCAUGUCAGGCAUCAGUCGAUUUCAUAGGUCUGCAUAAUUUACUCUUGCUUGGUGCUGUAACCAGGAGGAUGUGCAUCAGUUCCUACCAUUCGGAGCUUUUGCUCAGCCCGCCAGCUUUAAAAGUAAAUUCAAGGACGUUUCAUUUUAUGACAGGAGGGCAAGAGCGGAGAUGCAGCCUCCAUAUGAUGAUCUACCUAGAUGUCACUGUUCCUUCUGCGACACUCUGAGCCAUCAGGAUCACUCUUUCCAAAAAAUGCCAUCAGCUUGCCCAGCGACGAGUUAUUAAAUGGAAGGAGUAGAGGUUUUAGAUCAGCCCUGAACUUGCUCUCAAAAAGCGCAUUAAUUCAGAGUUCCCGCUGUGGCAAGGUGGAUUAAGAACCUGGUGUUGCCACAGCUGUGGCAUAAGUGGCAGCUGCAGCUCGGGUUUGAUUCCUGGCCAGGAACUUCCAUAUGCCGCAGAUGCAGGCCCCAAAUUUAAUUACUUUAAAAAGUGCAUUGAUUCACAAACAAUUUUCUGAACUUGGGGAUGUCGCUUCUAUUCCCUUUCUGUAAGGCCAGAGGGAUGGAAAUGAGGUGACAGUGCUGCCCUGCAGAGGGAUCUGGUUUACUCUUUCUCAGGGUGUUCAGCUGUGUCCUCACUGUUGCGAGAGACCUCGAUGAAUGCCUGGUAUUGGGCUCUCUGCCUACAUUUGCUGCUCAGGAAAACAGAUCUGCUCCCCUUGCUUGUCUGCAGCCCUUCCUUUCCUCACAGGCUUUUCCCCUUUCUUUCUUUUUUUCUUUUUUGGCUGUGCCUGGGACAUGUCCCCAGCCAGGGAUCAAACCCACACAGCUCUCACAGACUUAUUAGCAGGUUUUGCAGAAGGUUUUGCUCCUCCAUGUGACCCUGGAGUCAGCAAUCACAGCUCCUCGACAGUGCCCUCUCCUGGGGGGCUGCAGAGUGCAGCCCCUUCUUAGCACGCGGUAUCUCUAAAAACCGCGUCAAUAUCAAUACUGUAAGUGCCGUUCCUUGUCUCACUCAGGGUGGCGGGGGGCACAGGCAGGACUGCUUUGUGAUGUCACCCUCUUCCAAGUGCACCUCAUUCACUUAGGGCUCUGCUGGCUUUUCCUUUGCUCUGUGGAUCAGAUCUCGGCAGCAGACCUGUUCUUUGCCUGUCCUUUCAGUGCAACCCCUGCAGCAAAACGGCUGCAUCUCUCCUAAAUCUCUCCAAAUUAUGGGAUUAGGAAAUCUAAUUUUAAAGAGCUGAUCGUUUCAAAAACUAAAAUCUGGAAUUUAUAGUAGUUGCAAGGAUAAAAUCUGGCAGAUGGAAAUAACCAGAAUGAAAAUAGCUAGGUGCUGUCAGCAACCAGGAGCUGGCACCUUACGCACCCUAUUUUUUCCCUUGGUGAUAGACACUAGGUCUCAGAACUAGAAGGGAUGAAAGAAAAGUUGGAUUUGAUUAUCAGUCCUGUUUAGAACAAAGACUGCAGCAGUACCUCAUGCUUACAUGUUAUUUACAUAUCUAUGUAUGUAUAUAAGUCGAGGUGAAUUUAGAUGGCUCCAUGGUGGCUGCAUCGGGCAUAAUAACGUGUAGUCAGACAAAUCCGUUUCUAGCUUCUUCCUGCCAACCCUGUUCCCUUCAUCUUCGCCUCUGCAGAGCCUGGCCAAUCUGGUGAAAUGAAUGAUGCUCCGAGCUGCCCCUGGAAUAUUUACAGCUGCCUUGUGGUCCAUUCCCAGCUGUCUAGGGAGGGGCAGGAUGUGCUGUUCAACCUCUGUCUUGUGAUGCUUCCUGUCCUUUCUUCACAACCUCUUCCUCCAGGGAAACACAGAUGCCUCGUCCCCUGCUAAGGUGUCCAGGAGAAAACUGACAAGCAUGGCAUUGCGAUCUUUCUGUGCCUUAGGGUGGAACCAUUUCGCUAGCAUCUCAGGAAUCGUGCUUUGAGUGGAGCUCAGCUGGCUGGCAGAGCAGAGGUGCCUCGUGUUCUCAGCAUUACUCAGGGACCUCCCACCUCCCUGAACUGCCCGUAUGAGCUAAUUAAUACCUUCAGCUUAGAACUGAAAGCUGUAAUUCAGAGGCUUUUUUUUUUUUUUCCCAACGUGAACACUGUAAAACGUUACUGCAAUUUCCUUUGAACUUUCUCACCAGUUUGGAAUCUCAAAGCUCUAUUAACCGUAUCCUUUCAAAAAGUAAGGUUACUCUUCACUGGAGAUGAUUUCCUGUGUCUUUUUCUUUGUUCCUUCAGUAGUCAGCAAGCUUGCUUGAGGAUACUUAAAUGGCAAAGAAAGGUUUACACAUGCAGAUGACUGUUAAAUGUAUAAUCUUAUGUAACGAGUUACAUCAAGUAACAGCCUCAUCUAUUAUGUUUCACUGGACUCUUGUGCUACUUUAUUCAGUAUUGAUGCUUUCCUUGGUUCUGUGUUCCAGAAAAUGUCGUGACUUCUUGUCUCUUUCAAAGCAACUGACAUUUAAUACGAGUUCAUUUCAGAUAUACAGACAGGUCCCCAGCAUAGAAACCAGUUUGUUCUUAAGGCUCUUGGGGUCAGCUCACAGAAACCUCCUGACAUCCAGCUGAAUGGCGGGGCAGUGGCAGCCAGACCUGGCUGGCUCUCCUGGGCUGACCUGGAUGUUUAACCGCCUGCUCUGCUGUUUCUGUGAGAAAUGCAUUCCAGACGGGGACCUGGGAUCCUGAGAACACAUUUCGUCUUCUCCCCAUGGUGGCCACUUGCUUUGAAAGAUGGAAGUCCCGUCUUUUUACUACAAACAGUUUUAAGGGGGCAGAGGAGGCAAGACAUUUAUAGGACAUUCCCUAAGUUGGGGAGUGAUUAAUAGUCAUGUCAGCUUUACUUAUGGUAUAGACUUCCUCUCCAUUUAAUAAUAUUAAAAGCCUUAAAUAAAACUAUGCAUGCUAUUCUAUGUGCUUUUUUAUAUCAGUAAAUAAGCUUAUGCUUGCCAGUUUUAUACACCAUUACGAGGUGUAGGAAACUGACUUUUGACAGUAUUUUUGCACUGUUUCCUAUCUGUCUGUUUUUAUAAAGUCUUUCGAUACCGGUCCUAGUUGUGUAUUGUUUAUGUUCUCACUGCCCUUGUCAUUGCUGUCAAAUGUUUCAUAUGUGCCUUUACAAAUGUGAGAUCUUUUAUUCUAACCUUUUUUGUAAAAGAUAUCUAUUGACUUCCAAAUGCAAUAAACUUUUUUUUUUUUCAGAGAAAA